AGCCAAACAACGGAGGCCCGUUUCGUCGUCGAGUGUGCUGACGUGGCCGAACAGUAUCAAUAUCACAGUGGCUCUCUUCUUCUCCCAAUUGAUUAAACCGUCUUUACCAUUAUCAUCUACCGUUCUUCUCCGGGGCUCUGAGUCGAGCCAGUCAAAACUCGUUCUGCUCCGAUUUGACUCAACAAUGGAUCCCACUCGAGUUUUUGUCAAGAAUGUCAGGCGUGUUGUAAUCAAGGUAGGAACAAACGUGGUCAUGAAGAAUGAUGGAAGAUUGGCAGUUGGCAGAGUUGGUGCAUUUCUUGAGGAGAUUAAAGAAAUGAACUCUGAAGGCUUUGAAAUCAUUUUAGUAACUUCGGGUGCUGUUGGAGCUGGCCGCCAAAGGCUUAAAUAUAGGAGAUUGAUCAACAGCAGUUUUUCUGAUCUCCAAAAACCACAAGUUGAACUUGACGGAAAGGCUUGUCCAGCUGUCGGACAGAACGGUGUCAUGGCACUUUAUGACCAUUUGUUCAGCCAGCUGGAUGUGACCUCUUCUCAACUUCUAGUGACGGAUGAGGAUCUUAAAGAUCCAGAUUUCAGGGUGCAACUGUCUCAAACGGUGGAAUCAUUGUUAGAAUUGAGGAGUAUUCCAAUUUUCAAUGAAAAUGAUGCAAUUAGUAUUGGGAGCGAUCCAUGUGAGGAUUUCCCUGGUAUUUUCUGCGAUAAUGACAGUUUGGCAGCUCUGCUGGCCAUGGAACUAAAAGCUGACCUUCUUGUGCUACUCAGUGAUGUAGAGGGCCUUUAUAGUUGUCCUCCAGGUGAUUCACAAUCAAAGCUAAUCCAUACAUACAUAAAAGAAAAACAUGAAGGAGUGAUUACAUUUGGAGAUGAGUCCAGGAUUGGAAGAGGGGGUAUGAAUAGUAAAGUAAAAGCUGCUGUUAAAGCAGCUUAUGCCGGUACCCCUGUUAUCAUUGCCAGUGGCCUUGCUGUUAACAACAUCAAAAAGGUGCUAAGUGGAGAACGUAUUGGUACUCUCUUUCACAAGGAUGCACAUUCAUGGAUAGCAUUUACUGAAGUUGGUGCACGUGAGAUGGCAGUUGCAGCACGAGAAUGUUCCAAACGACUUCAGGACCUACCUUCAGAAGAUAGGAGGAAAAUUUUGUUGGACAUAGCUGAUGCACUCGAGGUAAAUGAAAGUUUAAUCAUUGUUGAGAAUGAAGCUGAUGUUGCUGCUGCACAUGAACAUGGAUAUGAGACGUCACUAAUUUCACGUUUGUUGCUGAAGCCUGGGAAGAUCUCCACUCUAGCAAAAUCUAUUCGUAAACUUGCAGACAUGGAAGAGCCCAUUGGUCGAGUUUUAAAGAGAACCGAGCUUGCUGAUGAACUCAUUUUAGAGAAGACAUCAUAUUCUUUGGGUGUUCUACUCGUUGUAUGUGAGUCUCGACCUGGUGCAAUGGUUCAGAUAGCUUCAUUGGCAAUUCGGUGUGGGAAUGGCCUGCUGCUGAAAGGAGGGAAAGAAGCUAAACGCUCAAAUACUAUCUUGCACAAGGUAAUUACUGAGGCGAUUCCAGAUAUUGUUGGCAAAAAUCUUAUUGGGCUUGUGACUUCAAGAGAUGAAAUCCCUGAUUUGCUCAAGCUUGAUGAUGUGAUAGAUCUUGUGAUCCCUAGAGGCAACAAUGAACUUGUUUCCCAAGUAAGGAAUUUGACAAGAAUUCCUGUUCUUGGUCAUGCAGUUGGAAUUUGCCAUGUUUUUGUUGAUAAGUCAGCUAACAUUCAAAUGGCUAAGCAAAUUAUCCUGGAUGCAAAGACAGAUUAUCCUGCAGCAUGUAAUGCUAUGGAAACACUUCUUGUGCACCAGGAUUUAUCAACUAAUGGUGGGCUCCAGGUGCUUGUUGAAGAACUUCAACAUGAAGGUGUUACUCUAUAUGGCGGACCAAGAGCGAGUUCUUUAUUAAACAUCGCAGAGGCGCAUUCACUUCAUCAUGAGUACAAUUCAAGGGCAUGCACAAUUGAAAUUGUCAGCGAUGUAUAUGCUGCCAUUGAUCAUAUUGAUAAGCAUGGAAGUUCCCAUACUGAUUGCAUUGUUACAGAAGACAGUGAAGUAGCUGAACAUUUCCUGCACCAAGUUGACAGUGCUGCAGUUUUUCAAAAUGCAAGUACACGAUUUUGUGAUGGAGUUCGUUUUGGGCUUGGGGCAGAGGCCGGGAUAAGUACGAGCAGGAUUCAUGCUCGAGGUCCAGUAGGACUUGAGGGACUGUUAACAACACGAUGGGUUCUACGAGGUUCUGGGCAAGUGGUGAACGGCGAUAAAGGGGUCAUUUACACUCACAAGAACCUCAGCCUCGAGUGACAAUAAUGUAGAAAGAGAGCACAUUAAGGACAGCCCUUCCUAUCAAUUUUUGUAUUACCUUUUUGAGGCUUAUAAUCUUGUUUGUAACAGAUAUUAGUGAACAUAAAUUUCUUUUGACUUCCUUUGCAUUUAAUGUUUAUCUUAUUUUAUCUCUA